UGAACCAGCCUGGUUCAAGGCCAGAAAACAGUGUCGGACUAGUAAUAGAAACAUUAAAGAGGGGCAGUUGGUACCCUGAGGCGAUACAGGCUGCGGGUGGACAAUAGGGGUAAAGAUGUUAUCUCCCUUUGGGGUAGCAGAGCCUGGAAAUCGAGGCCGCUUACGAAACGGGGGCCGCAGGCAUCACUUCACGGGUACAUUAAUUGACGGGCGCUAAUGGAAAGGCCCGUACACUCGGCCAUGGGAACAGAGUUUGUUUUCUUUACCACCGACUGGACACCGCUGCCGAAUAGGGGAGCUAGACUUAGCGUCGCGACAGUCGGGGGUGCGUGGGAGCCGACCGUGGGAAGAUGAGCGGUGGAUAGACGAUGGGUACCCCGAGUAUAGCGCGAUGUGGUGUACUCCCUAUAGUCAGAGUUCGAUAGCGUCAGAACUAGUUCGAUAGAAUUGACAGGGGCCACGUGGCCCGGUAGUAUAUAAGCUAGAACCGAAGUGUGGUCGAGGCUUUUUCCCUCGUGUUCCAGCAGAGACGUAGUCUCUGAGUGAUAGUCAGUCGCAGGCAGCAGGUCUGAAAUAGGGAAGCCCGUUCAGUCAGAACGUAUCACUACCUGCUGGCACUUGUGAUCUGGUGGAGUAGAGAGGAGAGUGUGCGCUGUAACCAAGGAUUGAUUCCCCCAACGACAAGUGAGGGAGUUUACUGAGUCCGGCAGCAAGACGUGCGAGGCAGCGGCUGGAAGACACCACCGUGCCACCGGUCCAGUGUGGUCAUCUACAGAACAGCCUACAGUCAUCUCUACUGCGAGAAUCGUCGCUGCACCCAUUGCCUGGGGCAAUUGUGGUGGGACAGUGACAAGAAGUCUGGAAGACCGGGUGCAUGCAGGCAGCUGCACCCAUCUUCAGGAAACAGCGACUUCCAGUUCAGAAGUCAGCGCUACUACGAGUAUCGUCGCUGCAUCCGUUGCCUGGGGCAACCGUGGUGGGACAGUGACAAGGAAUCGCCUAGAAGCCCAGGGGUACGCAGCCAGCUACACCCAGCUUUAGGAAGCAACAAGCGAAGCAGUCGAGUGGGACUAUCAGUACGAUAUUAUUCCAAGACUGUGAAUUGUGUGUCAGGGACGGACCGCGUGUCCGGACCUAUGUGCAGAUACGUGCAGUUACGUAAGAUCAAAUUAUUUUCUCAAUUCAUUGUUGUUUAAUUGUCUUCAUGUCAACCUAAUUUGCUUUUGUUUUAAUUAUAAUCUUUUAUGUGUACACUGUCUUGUCAGUGAGUGUUUGCGCACGCGGGUGUGACUGCUAGUCAGGACGCGUGCGGACGUGCGUACGGGCGGGAGACUGUGUGUGUGAGGGUGAAAGCCGGGUGGAGCGAGCCAGCUAAAGAGACCCCUUUCCCCUCGGGCGAGUCAGGCCAGCCUUCUCCCAGCCUAGUUACGUCACAAAUGGGGGCUCGUCCGGGAUUGAAUGUCCAUUUUAGGUUGACCAUUUUGUUUUGACAUAGUGCGAGAGUGUGCUGUCUUGCGUCUUGUGUCGUGUCUCUGUUGCUGCUGUGAACACCUUAGAUUCUGUGUAUAUUGAUGUAUUUUACUAUGCUACUACAUACUAGCUAACUUGUGUGAGAAUCAGAAUUGCUUAAUUAAUUGCUCAUUGUGUAAUUGCUGAUUGGACAUCGGUUAACACCGAUUGGUGCAUUGUAAACAGGUUGCAAGUGCCAGCAAGUAGCUAGAAUAGAAUAGUUGAACAUAGUAGCUAUAGAGUUAGAGCUCCAGAGGUAGUUACGAUGGAUAGGGAAUUCUGUCUAACCGACCGAGAAAAGGAAAAUGAGUUAAAGGAAGCCGGCGGAGAGCGCGGGCUAGUAGGAGACGAUUUAUGGCAGUAUAUAGAUAGAAAAAUGGACGAAUGGAAGCGAGACAAGAAAGAGGAGGAGGAUAGAAUCAAACGCGAAGAGGCGCGAGAAAGAGAGUACGCGGAACGUGAGAAAGAACGCGAGAGGAGGAGAGCUGAGCGCAAGAGAGAGAUAGAAGAACGCGAGAAAGAGCUAGUAAUGCGCGAGUUUAGAGAGAUGUUAGAAGAAAUCUGCGAAGAGAAAGGUAAAACUAGGGAAGAGUCGCGACAGUUUAUAGAGUACAAUUUAAAGGGCUGUCGCUGGGGACCAAUAGCCAAAGAGAGAGAGGAAAAGGCUAGAGUAAAGGAGGAAGAGAGAGUUGGGCGCGAACGUGCGCGAGAGCGGGUCGAAAGCAAGAAGUCUGAAAAGAAAAAGAAAGAGCAAACCAAGCUCGAGAAAGAGCAAGAAUUCCUGCGAGAGGUACACCGGUUAGGCGGGGUCAGCUUAGAUGAUAGCGAUCCGGCCGAGGCAGGUACUUACAGGUCAGAGCGCGGGGUGGUGCCCGCGGGUAGCUGUUCUAGGUAUGGGGGUACAGGGCAUGACCCGAGGUCUUGGCCCCAACAGUCCGACAGGCGGAGGACGUCCGUAGGUGUGAAGUGUUACAGCUGCGGGGUGGUAGGGCACUAUUCGCGCAGUUGUCCCCGUGGUUACGAGUUGCGUGAUGCUGUAACCACGAGGGGGGAGAAGCUAGCUAGAGAGGCAGAUGCUAGCGACGCAUACGCUAGUGACAGAAGUGCUACCGAGGUACAGGUUAGCGACGUAGGGUCUGGCAAUGCGGUGACCAGCGGCGCGUAUACUAGUGGUAGAAAUGCUGCUGGUGUUAAGGUUAACGAAGUGAAUCCUAGCAAGGAAGAGGCUAGAAGAGUAGAAGCUGGCGAGGAGGCCAGCGGGAAGGAAGGGGUUUUCCAAGGUGUGGAGACUACCCAUGAGGGAGGAGGGUUAGGAGGUGUAGAGUUUCCUAAUCUCCUCGUGAGCCAAGCCGGGCACAGUCACGCUGUUAGGCAACUGCAGGUACAGGACCAGGGUCUUAGGAAGGCGCGAGAGCUGGUUAGCGGUACUAGGGCAUUGCAGGCAGCAGGAAGUGGCGAUCGCGAGAGGCGAGUGCCGGUUGGUAGUGCAGAUCUGCUGCAGGCGGGCGACAGCGGUCAUCGUGAGGUGCGAGCGCCGACUGUCGUUAGGGAACCGCUGCAGACAAGCGACAUUGGCAGUCUUGGAGACCAAGUGCCAACUGUCGUGAGAGAGCCGCUGCAGGCGGUUGACAACGGCCAUCGUGAGAUGCGAGCGCCGAUUGUCGUCAGAGAACCACUGCAGGCGGAUGACACUGGUAGUCUUGAGGAACAAGUGCCAGCUGUCGUUAGAGAACCGCUGCAGGCGGGUGACACUGGCAGUCUUGAGGAACAAGUGCCAGCUGUCGAUAGAGAGCCGUUACAGGCGGGUGACAGCAGCCACCGCGAGAGGCGAGCGCUGACUGUCACCAAAGAACCGCUGCAUGAGAGUGACACUGGUGAUCUUGAGGAACAAGUGCCAGCUGUCAGAGAAGCAGCGCAGUUGCAGGUAGGAGACAGUGACUGCCCGGGGGCUAGUGUCACUGUCAGGGAGAGCCGUUGCAGGCAAGGGACAGUGGCAGUCCGGAGGGACUAG